GUCUUUUCUUUUGAUUCUAGUUUCUCUAUUUUUCUUUGCAUAAAAUAACCUUGCGAAGAAGAACUGAAACUCGCGUUGGUGUUCCGUACAGCGCCAAUUCAGAUAGCUGCAAAACGCUCAUACUGUUAGCUAAAACUUCGAAUAUGGAUUCCAGUCCAGACUCGAAAUUCUAAAUAGAAUAACGGAACCUAAUUCUGCACACCUCUAGGCCGUAGCUUGAUCCGUUAUUGAGAAUCGAUAUAGAAAUUUUCUUCCUUUCGAUUGGCUGACGACUCACUGCUGAGACAAGAUGCACCACGGAAUGAAUGCGCGGUAAAAUGGUGGAGACACGCGCGCCAGCUUAGAGAAUAAGACAAGCGUGCACAAUUUUCACUCUUCGAUUCUCAGCAAACCUCCCAGGAUACUGCUGCUGACCGUUUUACGGCUUUCCUCCAGGAAACUAGAUGCGGGACAAUUAUCCAUCACAAAUUGGAUUGGGUGAUGCCGAUAGAAAUCUAUUGGAAUCGUCCAAUCACAUUUGUGACGUCUCCGCUCCGCCAAUUGGAGCAGAUUCUGAGAAGAAUUCCUGACACACCAUUGGACACUGGCUGGCUUCGAAUGGAAAUUCCAUGAACGGUCGAGAUGCUGGGAGAGAGGUUACACAGUACCUAUUGUAAACAAUAAACUACCAUGACGAACGACGAAACAAAUAUGUAACGCAGAAAUGCUGUAUUUAUUAUUGUAACAUACUGUACGAAAUAUUUGAAUGGUUAUCCGAGGAAUUGCUAAUAUAUUUCUUAUGAAUUAUACGAUUUCAUAGGUUUAGGAUGGACGGUCACGCUGUUGAAAGUUUGCCUUACUGCAAGGAAUUAUGGCUUCUAAUAUCGGAUACGGUAUGCCGGUGUGAGAAACAGCUGGUCGAAGAUGAAAUUAAAAAGGAGAGUAAACUGCUCAAGGAGGGUCUUCUGUUCUUCAAACCGUACACGGAAGCCUCACUUUCUAAUAUUCCAAAGAACGAUCCUUCGCCCCGAAUGUACGAAUUGAUCAGCAAAUUAGCUCCUCUCUUGAAUCUGGAUGCUACGCUUACCUGGGACCUGGUUUGCAAUUUCAUCAAGUACGAAUAUCGUAACUGCACGGAAACCUUUGUGUCUCAACUGAUAGAUUUCUCCUCGAUGAAAGCAUUGAUCGACGACAUUUGGAACUUUUAUUACUCCGAACGAAUGACCUUAAUAAAGUGCCUUAAACUGAUGGUCGAAUACAAAGACAACGGACAUCGUUACCAGAAGGAAUUUGCCAGAUUUUUCAAUGACGUAGUUUUGCUCGGGUCUCUCCUAGAGUCGAUUAGGAAGCAGAUAGAAAUGCUGAAGACCGUGAACCCACCGGUUCGAUCGCAAUUAUGCACGGAAGAGUAUUUGCACAGGCUUUAUAACAGUAGCCUCGUCGAGAUGCGAGAAUUGCUUCAUAUAUUAACGUACAUCAUUCACGACAUACACAUCGUUGACACCGAAUUCUUGAAAUUAUACGAAAGUAUCGGAGGAGAACCGAAGCGCUUGGCAAGUACUAAGAGUCACGAAGAUAAAAAAGUAAUUGCUAGAAAAAUUAAAGAAAUCCACCAUAGUCAAGCAGCGUUGAUUCUAGUAGCGUUGGAUGUGAUAAAACAUGCCAAUAUGGAGGACUGGGUUAGAAGCGUGAGAAACAGCAUGCAGGAAAUCUUCGAGCAAAAAUGUGUCCGCGAUAACAACCCGCAAGACGGUCCAUUGUUCCUGUCGUGGAUGUUAGCAAACUACGAAAUAGAUUCCGAUAAUAUGGACACGUUGUCACGUUUCCGGCCGUUCGGUAUCAAAGCCAUCCAACUUGAAGUUUUCCGUUAUUUGCAGAACCUGAUGAACAGCGAGAUGAUACGCGAGAAAACUCAUUAUGCCAAAGUCGUGCGGAACAGCGUGUACAAUUUGUUGAAGUUGGUGUGCGUUUUCGUCGACGAGGAGAAGCUCGGUGCAUUAAACGGUAUCUUUGACGCGGUAGCUGCAACUGUACAGUUCCCGGAAACGGCGGCUCUGUUCUGGCAAGAACGCGAGAACGGUUUGUCGCCGAUCUACAAAUUCGCUUCGGAACAGUUCCCAUACGAAUUCGAGCCGCUGACCAACAUCGCGAUUGGACUGGCUAGCGCCUCGAAAUCAAGCGCCGAAACGAUUGCCGUCGAAUUAGAAAAUUUGCGAUCGUUGACGCUCGAAUUGCCACGUCAACGAGACCACAACAAACCGUUGAAGCCCUACCAACAGGAAUGCGCGAUCCACAAGAAUUCGUACACGAUAUCGGAGGAUACCGUCCGAGAAAACGUACGCAUACUGUCGAGCGAUCGCGAGGUAGUGAUAUUCCGACAGAAAGCGAGCUAUUGGGAUGCUCUGCAUCACAAGAUCGAAAAACUGUUCUCUCAAGCGGGUGGUAUAAUUUCAAAUGUGAACGAGAUGAGCAAAAAUUUGCCGGAGAACGUGUCGCAGGGUCUGAAGUUGCUGAAGAAGCUGGCAAAAUACAUAGGAAUCCGACAGAGCAUGGUAAUUCCGACGGAACUCAGCUUCGAAAUCAUCAAUCGAUUCUCCUAUCCGGUAUUGCCCGAAGAGAAAAUGUACAUAUACAAGAUAGUCGCGGCGUGCAUUAAUAUCUCCUCCGAAUUGAUUCUCGAGUACCCCGAGGAGAUUCUCGCGAGAAUGCGCGUGGGCGUUUACCCGAGAUUCAAUAACCGGUGCCAGAAAACGCUCGAUUUUGCGGAAGCGGUCUCCUUCGACGGCGGCAUAGUCGCGUCCUGGCUGUCGGCCAUAGAAACCAUCGCUCACUCGUAUCCGAUUUUGAACGCGUACCUGGACAUCCUGUCCAACUAUUUAAUCCGCAAAUACAACGAGGAAGCUCUGUACACGGUCGAAAUACCAGGAAUGGUGUUCCUACUGCAAGGUGUGUUGCCGAAGUUGGACUCCUGGUACUUCGAGUCGGACGCGGAGAGGACCGAUUUGUGGCUCAAGUGUAUGUAUUGUCUUCACAGAGCGCUCGAAACCAGUCUCUCCAAAGACGACAUCCGCAACGAGCUGCAACUCGUGGUCGCGUACAGUCUGUUGUAUCUAGAACCGCGACACGCUUUACUCAAAUUGAUCCGGACCGGUGAACGUACGUUGCACAACAAAAUGAUGGUAGAAACGGAUUGGAUUCGCGGAAAAGGUUUGAAGGCGAUCACCAGCGUGCAACUGGCAUUGUCGGUGGUAAACAGGCUGCUGAUAUUCAGAAAGUCGCUCGGUCUUCGGAACGGGGAUAGAUCGCCUUUGGAGGCGGCGCUCUACUCGUCGCCGCACGUGCCCAACGGACUUCUGAUAGUACCGACGAUCGUCAAUUACCUUUACGUUUGGUUUAGCCCGCCGUUACAGGCGAUGGCGGUCAGACUGUUGAAAAAGUUUGCCGAAGGAUCGUCGAUGUCCCUUCUGGUUUGCAUGGGCAUGGACGGGACGGCCAUACGAGAGACGUUCGCGUCCCGUAGAGGACUCAUGUCGCCGACCUGCGUAGCGGACAUCAAAGUGGCCAUACUCGAGCUGGUCGCCGUUUGCUUGGAGAAGCAACCCGGACUAACGGAAGCUCUGUUCAAUAUCGUGCACCCGGCAGAAUGCAACCGGAUCUUUCCGCGAUCGGUCGAGGAGUUCUUCACGGAAGGCUGCAGACAGUUCUUGGACAAAUACCUGAACCGAAUCUACGAGAAGGAGAACGUCGUGUGCGACCAACUGUACAACAGCACGAUGGCGCUGCUGCGAGCAAUGUGGUAUCACAGGAACGAAAUCUUGGUAAACUUUUUCCGCAAACGGGACAAAUUCUGGACUCAUCUGCUCGCUCCGCUCUUCCGAGAUCUGGUACCGGGCGCGAAAGGCUACUCCCAUCUGCUCGACAUAAUCACUCUGGAGCUGUUCAAGAACUCCUCGCUCGAGGACGAUUUCUCCGCGAACCUGAGGAAAUUGAUGGACAAGUCGAAGCAUCACUGGAAAAACCUGGCGGUGUACAUAUUGAAGGACGAGCUGUCGGACAGCGGGUCGUCGAGCAAUUGCGAGAAAUGCGACAACAGCGGCGUCACGGGCUGUUCGUUGUACGAGACCAACCUGGAGUCCUGGUACAACUUCGUCGUCACAUUGACGGACGAGAGGAUCGCGGCCAACUAUCCCGUGAACGUGAUACAAGCGCAGCUGAUAACGCAACGCUCCUUGGAAUCUCUUCUGGAGCGUGUGAAACAGUCCCAUGAUCCCGGCAAUCGGAAAGUCACGAUGUUGCUGGCCUCCUUGUCGCUUCGAUGCAUCACCACUUGGAAGCAGAUGUGCGUCGACGACUCGAGGAUUUUCAAGUCCGGACUAACGCAGCUGAUGCAAGAAAUCGGCCAGGCCUAUCGGUGUUACGGGAAAUCGUUGCGUCAGACGCUGAUGUCCUUGCUUCUAGGAUGCGUACAGUGCGUGAAAAGCACGCUGCGCGAGGACGCGACCACUCUCGAAUACCUCUUGGCGCACUCCUGCACCGUCGCCGCGUGCGAGCUGGAGGAAUUGAAAGAAGCGGCGGUACAGUUCGAGAAGCGGAAGCAACAGCAUCAACAGCCGCCGAACGUCGUCGGAGUCGUGGACGAGAAAGGGGCGCCGAUCGGGAACUCGACGGCCCGGAAGAACGUCGACGAGAGGAACGCGGAGACCCUGCGAGGUAUUCGGGAGAGUUUGCCCGCGACGUUGGCCAUCUGCAUGGUCACGCAGCUGCUGCGCUCCUACGUGGAGCGAAGCGCGUUGUCGAAACGUCAGAGGAAGUCCGGUUGCGUGCAGCUUCGACAAAUGAUACCCGAGCUGACCGCCUGCAUCGGCAUCACUAUGCAAAAGUAUCCGUAUCUGCGGUUUAGCAGCGCCGCGCUCAACCUGCUCAACCUGAUCGUCCGCUCGCCUUAUACUUUGCAUCCGAUCAACGAGAACGACAUCGCGAAACUGUGGUUGAGCUUGAUACCGCCGCCGGCGAUCGGCUACAGCAUGCUGGAUUCCCUGUACCAGGACCGGCCGGAGCCGAACCGGAACUGGCGGUGCCAAGAUUGGUGGCCGCUGUACACCUUGGGCCUCGAAUUCGUCACCGGACUGGUCACCAGAGAAACGCCCGCCGUCUACAUCAAAUCUAUCCUAAUGUUCCUCAACUCGCACGAGCACCAGCUGAUGGUCGCAUCUACGUUACUCAGACACACCGCGGACCUUCUCGCCGCCGACCUUGUCCAGUCUCUCGUCGCCCUGAUCCAUACGAUGGCGACGCAACCUUACGUUUGGAACUCGAUCCAGCCGAACGUCUGCGAGACUCUGAUCAAGUGCAUGUACCUUGCGUACGACAACACGGUGAACCUGCUUCUCAGGCCACGAAUUCUCAAGUUCAUCAUCGACGGGAUCAGCGUGGAAAGCGCCGAGGAGCUGGAGUCCUGCGACAAGAGAUCGCCGAGCGGAGAAUUGAAGCUUCUGGUGAACAAGCUGAUAGUGAUAAACACCACCUGCGCGCUGAGCUUCGUUCGCUUCUCGCCCAGACUGAACACUCUCGUCGACACGAUCUAUACGCAAGAUUUUUGGUACACACCGAUGGCCGAGAUGAAUUUCGGUCCUCCUCAGAUGAGCAUCAGCUCGGGCCCGCGGCUGACCUAUGGAACGAUCAUCAGCUCGACCCAAUUAUUCACCCAGGCCCUGCAUUCGCGGUCCCAACCGGUCAAUUCCUCGUCCGUCUCGAUCACCGGCCAGCCCGACAAAAUGGAUUCCGCGAAGAGAGAAUGGGAACACGCGACCCCCGAGGAUCGGCGAAUGCAUUCCAGCAAAGACCUCAGAAGAAUUAUUCACGCAGCCUCUGCCUCUGCAGCCGCCGCUUCUACCUCCGUCUCCGGCUCGGCCUCGGCCUCGGCUUCGGCCUCGAAGUCGUCGUCGAACGUCGGCGGAGACUUCUUGGUGUACGUCAGCGGACUGGACGUGACCGUGCCCUUGCUGAGCAGCCCGAGACUGGUCAGGAGACCGUACGACCCUCUCAUCUGCGAGAACACCAUUCUAUCGAGGGCAACCGCUCUGACGAGCAGCAGACACGUGGCCAAAAGCGGAGCCACCGGCGGCGGAGCAACCGUCGGCGUCGGAGGUAUCACCGGCAGUCCUGUUGUGACAAAGUAUCAGAAGUUCAGCGACCCCUGGUUCGAAUCCAUGGACGAAAACAACACGAGGCUGGCGCUCGAGGUUAACCUCGUGUUGAUUCUGUGCCAAGCGUUGGAGGGUGUCCGGAGUCCUCGAAUCGCUCUUCGGGAUCGUCAGCUCAUAGCGCGAGAAACUGUCACGGAACUGGGGGUAUUUUUCGAUUUUCUCGAGCACCGAGGCACUCCCGACAACUGGCCCGUCGAAGGAUCAUUGAUCAACGCCGACUCGAAGAGCGCGAGAACGAUCAAUCUGGCGAUCGACCCGUGUCAAACUAUUCUACCGGCUAGAUUGAAGCAGCACCAAGGACGGAGACUCGAAGAGAACGGCAUUUUCACGACCGGUACGUUCACGACGAACGUCAGUAGCGUACAAUUUCUACCAUUGAUGGGGAAGCUGCUUAAAGCCGUGGUGGAAUCGUUGGAUUUAACGCAGUACCGAUGAUAACGAUCGAGUCGCGUAUUUUGUUUAGCGAAAGUUGCGACGACGGAUCGGACAGCGAUGUAUGUACAAAAACUGUAACAAUUUCAUCGACACGCGCCGUCUAUGUUGAAAUUCAUAAUAAAGUAACAAUUUUUAUUGGAGCGUGUGUUCCGUCUUCGAUAUAUCCAGCAAAUGCUGAAGAAACAUUUGCCUCUCGGGAUCGGAAGCAGAGGACAAAACGAGGAGACCGCUUAUGUAUUCGACGAGAGACGAGCCGAGCGGAUCGAUAGUGUUUUGUUAUUUUCUUCUGAAGAAAAUAUCAAAAUAUCGAGCUAUCGGUUCGCGCUCGGCUCGCGUCGGUGAGAGCAGCGUAAAAUGUACCUUUACGAGUCACCGCGUGUCGCCACGUGUAACAUAUAUGAUCACGGUCCGGAACACCCCGUUUCGCGUAUUCGUGAUGAAAAUAAACGACAACGAAGUA